GGAGGAAAAAAAUAAUAAUAAAACAGUCCCCAACUGAAGGAGGAACAGAAUCACGAAAAAGUCUUGCAGUGGUUAAUUAAGAAUGGGGAUCGUCGAAGACGCUCACAACGUGAAGGUUUUGGGUUUUGGCGAACGAAACAUAGUGCUUGCCCAUGGCUUCGGCACCGACCAGUCUGUUUGGAAGCACCUUAUUCCUCACCUCCUCGACGAUAACCAACGCAUCAUUUUGUACGACAACAUGGGCGCCGGUACCACCAACCCGGACUACUUCGAUUUCCAACGCUACUCCACUCUUGAGGGUUAUACUUACGACUUGCUCGCCAUUCUGGAAGAGCUACGUGUUGAUUCCUGCGUCUUUGUCGGCCAUUCAGUCUCGGCCAUGAUCGGUGCCAUCGCCUCCAUCUCUCGCCCCGAUCUCUUCUCCAAGAUUAUCAUGGUCGGCGCCUCCCCGAGGUACUUGAACGAUGUGGAUUACUAUGGAGGGUUCGAGCAAGAAGAUCUAGACCAACUAUUCGAAGCGAUGAGGUCAAACUACAAGGCAUGGUGUUCAGGGUUCGCUCCACUCGCCGUGGGCGGCGACAUGGACUCGGUGGCGGUCCAAGAGUUCAGCCGGACUCUUUUCAACAUGAGACCCGACAUAGCGCUGAGCGUGGCGCAGACCAUUUUCCAAAGCGAUAUGAGACAAAUACUAUGUCUGGUCACCGUGCCUUGCCAUAUAAUACAGAGCAUGCAGGACCUGGCCGUGCCGGUCGUGGUGUCGGAAUACUUGCAUCAGAACCUCGGCGGUGAGUCGAUCGUGGAAGUCAUGUCUUCAGACGGUCAUCUUCCCCAAUUGAGCUCGCCGGACGUCGUAAUUCCAGUGCUUCUCAGGCAUAUUCGUGACGAUAUUGCUUUAUGACGUUCGCAUUUUCUUUUGGUAUCGAUUAGUUUUCUGUGGACCGAAAAUGGGCUGCAAGUAAUUUAGUAUUUGUAAUUCAGGAUCUAUCGUUGCUUGAAGUGAUCAAAUAUAAUUUUUCAUAAAA